UCCCUUCUCUUUGUGUUGGAUUAGGAGCCUGUAGUGUGGUGGUGUGACAGACAGUCGGUGAGCCUGGCAGGUUAAGAGUUAAAGACAAUCUGCCCGGCUGCUGAGGAGAGAGGGGGGGUCGUGUUGGUUAUUUUAGUAUCGCACCACAGAAUUGGAAUGCCAGACAGGUGCAGGAGGGCUCAGAGUGACUGGGACAGUCGGUUAUACAGCUGGUACUGGACUGGACUGGGACACAAUUGGGUUAUACUGGGAAAGAACUAAUAAUACUCGUCUGCUGUACUGGGAGAGAAGUCUGGACUAUAUUAUUGAUAGAGUGCUGCUACUGUGUGACUGGAUUAGACAAGGACUAAGACUGGACUAUAUUUAAACUGGACUAGGUUAGACUGGACUGGACUCAGGCAUAACUCUUUAACUGCGAGACUCGCUAAUACUGGUGAGCUUUACUGAGCUGGGCUGGACUGGCACAACGCUCUGCUACUGGAACUGCAUGUCUACUGGAACGGUAGACCAGGCUAGAGAGUGGGGUCUGGAUACUGGUAGGCAGAAUAAAGGGUUACUAGGAGACAGCUGCUUCUGGACCGGUGUUAUACUGGGAACAGUGGGAGGACUGGGAGAGACAAACUCAAUCAGUGCCUCAUGAUCUGAGUCCUAAGGAGAAACAGGAGUUGGAGAGCAUACGGCGCAGGAAACAAGAACUACUGCAGGACAUACAGAGGCUGAAGGAUGAGAUAGAAGAGGUGACGAAUGAAAUUGACAACCUGGGCAUUACCAAAGAGAGAAAAAGCAUGCAGAGAAACAAGCAGGUGUCCAUGGGCCGUAAGAAGUUCAACAUGGACCCCAAGAAGGGGAUCCGGUUUUUGAUUGACAGCGGUCUGCUGAAGAACACCAGCAAUGACAUCGCCCAGUUUCUCUAUAAAGGGGAGGGGCUUAACAAGACCGCCAUCGGAGACUAUCUGGGGGAGAGAAAUGACUUCAAUCUUGAGGUUCUACAUGCCUUCGUGGAGCUGCAUGAAUUCACAGACCUCAACCUGGUCCAGGCCCUCAGGCAGUUCCUUUGGAGUUUCCGGUUGCCAGGCGAAGCUCAGAAGAUCGACAGGAUGAUGGAGGCGUUUGCCCAGAGAUACUGUCACUGUAACCCUGGGGUCUUCCAGCACAGCGAUACGUGUUAUGUGUUGUCGUUUGCUGUGAUCAUGCUGAACACCAGUCUCCAUAACCCCAAUGUGAAGGACAAACCCUCCCACCAGAGAUUCAGCGCCAUGAACAGAGGAAUCAACGAUGGAGGUGACCUGCCUGAGGACCUACUCAGGAACCUGUAUGAGGGUAUAAAGAACGAGCCCUUUAAAAUUCCAGAGGAUGAUGGGAAUGACCUCACACACACUUUCUUCAACCCUGACCGGGAGGGCUGGCUACUCAAACGAGGAGGAGGGCGUGUGAAGACAUGGAAGAGACGAUGGUUCAUCCUCACAGACAACUGCCUGUACUACUUUGAGUACACUACUGAUAAGGAGCCUAGGGGUAUCAUCCCUCUGGAGAAUCUGAGUAUUAGAGAGGUGGACGACUCCAAGAAACCAAACUGUUUUGAGCUGUUCAUCCCGGACCACAGGGAUCAGGUGAUCAAGGCAUGUAAGACCGAGGCGGACGGACGUGUUGUCGAGGGCAACCACACUUUCUAUCGAAUCUCUGCCCCCACAGCCGGGGAAAAGGAGGAGUGGAUCACCAGCAUAAAAAAUGCCAUCAGCAGGGACCCCUUCUACGAGAUGCUGGCAGCCCGGAAGAAGAAGGUGUCUGCCCUGACAAGUCUGUAGAAAAGACCCAGGCUCCAGCACUUCAGCAGGAGGAGCAGGCCUCACUCUAUUCUACAGCCCAGUGUUUGUGCCCAUGGACCUGAACUAAAGGACCUAUGGAACUGUAUACACAAGAAAGCAGAAGAUCCCCAAAGCCUGUUGGAUGUCUAGGUGGACGCUGUCAUCAUAUUGAUCUUGUAUUAAUCAGAUUCAUAAACAUUGGAGGGGAAGGAUUAUGAAGGGGCACAGGGUUGGGACAGGAAUGCAGAGAGGAUUAAUGUCCUUUUUCAGCGCCCUUUACAGGAAGUUACAUAAUGCAAUAUUAUGCUUUGAUAAUUAACAGAGAAAGGCAACAUGAACCUUGUCAUAGUGCUGUCAUAGUUCUUGUCAUAGUGCUGUUAUAACUACAGAACAUUUCUUUCUGAAUGGUUCUCAUAACAAACCACCACUGUUUCUCCUCUCUCUCCGUCUCUCUGUAUGUCUCUGUGUGUUUCUCUCGCUGUCUAUCUUUCUCAAUCUCUGUGUUUCUCUCGCUGUCUCUCUUUCUCCGUCUCUCUGUAUGUCUCUGUGUGUGUU